AUGAAGAAUGUUUUGCUUGGAUACGUUAAAAAAAGGAAGCGAUUUAAGGAAUUGAAUAAUAAUAAAAAAGGGAUAGAAAAAAAGUUUGUAUCAAAAAUAGGUGGGAAACCAUACUGGCUCGAUAGAAUAAAUUUACCAGAAGAAGAUACCUUUAAGUGUAUACUAUGUAAUGAGUUAUUAUCAUUUUUAUUGCAAAUAUAUGCACCUAUUGAUAAUAUAGGACAUUGUUUCCAUAGAUGUUUAUAUUUAUUUGUAUGUUUUAAAUGUGGAGAUCAAGUUAAAUGUUUUAGAACCCAAUUGCCCAGAAAUAAUCCAUAUUAUAAUUUUUAUUUAGCUAGUAAUUUGAAUACCAAUUCGAAUGAAAAUGAUAGUAGUUCUAGUGAAUCAGAUCAUGAUAAUAUAGAAAUUAUAAAAAAUGGAAAAAUUUCAAAUAAUUUUGAAAAUGAACCCAAUGAAUUUACAUCUACAGAAAAUGAUUCUAGUGAUAACGAUUCAGAUGUAGAUGCAACAAAAUACAGAGAUUUAAAUUCAACAAAUUUAGUAACAGUUUCUGAAGAUUUAAACAAUUCAACUACUAUAUCUACUGAUAUAUGUAGCACUAUAUGUCCUGACGAUUUAGGAAAUACACCUCCUCAUAAAUUUUUAAUUUUAAAUAAAACUGACAUUAUUAACAAAAAUAAAGAAGAUGUGAAAUUAACUGAAAAGAAUGAAUCUAGCAAUAUAAACAAAAUGAAUAAUAUAAAUAAAGAAAUUUUUGACAAACAUGUAGAAUAUCUUUUAUGUUGUAAUAGAUGUGGUAUACCAUGUAAAGAUAAAAAAAAUAAUUUAGAAAAAAAAAAUAUAAAAUAUCAUAAAAAAUGUGAAAUGAAAAAACAUAUAAUUAUUUUAGAAAAUAAAAUAAAUAUAAAUGACGAAUAUGAUUGCGAAAGUAGUAGUAUAGGAUCUGAUAAUUAUUCUGAUGAUAGUGAAGAGUAUACUGAGCAGGUAGAAAAAGUGGAAAAAUAUGACAAUGCAGAUGCAGUGGAAAAUGAGGAUGAAAUCGAUGUAUCUGAAAUGAAAGCAAUGGAAGAUAUACAAAAAGAUGUAUUUAAGAAUAGGCAAAUAGAUAAUGUAUUUUUAAAUUAUAUUAAAAAGAUAUCUAGAUUUCCUAAACAAAUUAUUCGAUACUCUUAUAAGGGUAAUCCUUUAUAUGCAACAGAUGAUUUCCAAAAUAAAAAUAAAAAUAAUAUAUAUUAUAAAGAAUAUGAUGAUAAAAAAAAACCUAUUACUUUUGAAAAUAUACCAAAUUGUUAUAUAUGUAAAAAAAGAAAAGUUUUCGAAUUUCAAGUUUUAUCUACAAUAAUUAAUUAUUUAAAAAUCAAAAAUAAUAAUUUAGACAAUCCUGAACCACAAAUGAAUCUAAAAUUUAUGACUAUAAAUAUAUAUACAUGUGAAAAUAAUUGUGAUAUAUAUGAUAUUAACAAUAUAAAACAAAAAACAAAUAUAUCACAUCUAAGUAGAUAUAUACAGGAAUAUGUUCAUGUACAAGUUGAAAAUUAA